UAGACUACAUCUACUUGUAUUUUUUGUGCUUGUAAUAAGAUUCUUUAACCAACAAUGAACGAGGAUCUUACAGAUUGUAUUUGCAAAAAUGUGGAUAUUCGAUUUAAUAAAUUUAUAUAUAAUAAAUUGUUACCUUAUGAAGAUGAUUUAAAGAUAGAAUCACAGACUUUAUUAGCCGAAAUUAAGGCAAAUUUAGGACGAGCUGUUAUGUGUAAUGAAGUAUGGCCAGGCUGCUAUGUUUGGGUUAAUAAAUUAUGCCAUUACAUAAACAUAUAUGGAUUACACUUUAGCAAAGAAGAUCACAUCUUACUCAUAAAAUUAUUAUAUGAACUGGUUACAGCUUCAGAAAUACCUACAGCUUCUACAUUUAAAUGUCUGCUUGCAUUACUUUUACUACUGAAAAAAAAGAAAUUAAUAUCGCCAGAUGAGUUAGAAUUGCCAUGGAGACCCCUUUAUAAAAUGAUUCUUCGUAUAAUAAAAGCGAAAGAAAAUUGUUCUGAAAUGUACCGUUUUUGUUCUUUUUAUGAGAAUGCAACAGCGUCACUUAUUAUAUAUGCAAAUGUUUAUUUUCCUUUGAGUGCAACACAGGAAAUAUUAGAUGAACUAAGACCAACUUUGUACUUCAUUGAUUCUUCAACAAUGUUUAAAAGUAUACAACUAUUACGUUGGUUCUUACCAGUACACUUACCUCCUGAACAUCAUUCAAUUGGAUAUCAAUUAUGGUUUGAAGAAUUUAUGGCAUUAUGGGAAGUUUGUCAUAAUGCACCAACAUGGGAAAAUAAAAUGAUGAAGUUAAUGGCAGCAUUAGCUAAUUAUAAUAUUGGAUACAUUAAUUGGGAACCUUAUAUGUCAUUGAUGUUUACUAGAUUUAUGCGAUGCUUAAAAUUACCAGUAUCAUAUAACAAAACACAAAGAUAUAAACACCAUGAAAUAGAUGCAAUUCCUAUAACAACAUGGAUAGUAGCAGUUUUGGGAAAUGGUUCAAGUGCUCAGACAUAUCUUGAAAAAUUUUUGAAAACCAUAGAAACAUAUUUUCAUCCUGCUAAUAGUGGUUGCUGGCUGGGAAUAUUAAAAGAUAUUCUUGUAAACCUAUCAUUUUAUUUUAUUACACGCUUGCACAAAGAACGGUAUGCUGUACAAACUUGGGAAACUCCUGUUCCUGAAGAAUACAGAUUAACCGAGAAUGAUGUUGAUGCAUUUGUUAAAAGCAUGAUGCCAGUAACCAUGGCAGCUAUGUUUAAUAAGUUAACUGUUCAUAAGGCUUCUCAAGCAUUACAAUAUCUUGCCACUAUGAGGCCCAAUUUGGUUAUUCCAUAUGUUUUAGAUAGAGUUUCGUUUACAUUAGAUUCUCUUACAACAGAAUCAUAUAAAUUAAUUGCUACAUUUAAUUGUAUGGAAGCUAUAGCUAGACCAAUGGCAGAAGGAUCUAAAAAUGUAAAUGAAGGUUAUACGUACGCAAAAGGACCGGAACAUAUAUUACCAUUACUUUCUUCGCUUCUAUCUAGCAUUGACCCAAAUAAUCCAGAAAAGUGCUUUCUUGCAAUUCGUCUUAUUUCAGUUUAUGCCUGUUUCAUACCUAUUGUGGAUACUUCUAAAUCAAUUAUAGCAUUAAGUACAGAAGACAGGAUGGAUUAUGAAAUAGCUUCUGGAUUUGAAGAAUUUGUUUUACAAUUUUUGGACAAAAUAUUUUCAUUCAUAGAUCAUAGUUCUUUAGAAUUGAUUAGAUUAGAAAAUUCUACUGGUGGAGUGAAAAGUAAAUUAGAAAAAGCUGCAGGAACUGUGUUGUAUAAUGUGUGUACGGUUCUGUUAAUGCAGAUUAAUAAUUCAGUAUUUAAAAAGGCAUUAAAUAAAUUAUGCACAUUUAUAACGGAACGUAUACUCGAAAUUAAGGUUGCUGGACAAUUGGCAGCUGAUUUGUGUCGAGUAUUUGCCCGAGUUAAUGGCAAAGAAACUUUGCAAACGUUAUUACCUGUACUUUCACAAACUAUUCUAGAUAUUACUUGUGAAAAUAAUGAUAUUAUUAAAGAAGAACACUUGGAUGAUCGUCUUUUACAUGCAAUGUUGCUUCUAUCUGCAAUUGUUUGUACAACAGGGAACAAUUUAUUACAUUAUAUAGAUAUAUUAGAAACAGUUCUUGACCAUGUAUUAAUUUUAAAAUCAAGAGAAGGAAGUAAUUUAGCUUGUACAUUAUUAACAGCAAUUCUUAAUUCAUUAUCCAGUAUGGUACCAUACCAUUUUACAUCUACUGAUGGAAUAAUACACUGGGGACAAAUUGUGAAUAUUAAUACAUUAAACGUUAAAUGGUACAUACCUGGUAAGGAAGAAAUGGCUACAAUAAAUCGACUAUUCUUGAAAUAUCUAAUUCCUGAAACAAAUAAAUUAGAAGAAUAUUGUAAAAACUGGACCAUAUUAACAAGGGAAGAGUUAUUGACUAGCUUAAAUAUUGUAAACAGCGUUAUUGAAGGUUGUGAAUCUGUUUUACCUGUAUGGGAAGAAAAACCAAUAAAUUUAGUAAAAUCGUCAUUACAGUGGCUACCUUUCAGACCAACACUUGGCAUGGAACAUAAAAUAUCAAUGCCUAAUGGUGAUAAUGUUAAAUAUUAUAUUAGAACACUUGCAAGUAAAUUGCAAAGUGUAAUACUAAAGAAUACAGAAGGUGAUACAAAAAGCUUAUUUGCUUUAAUAAAGAUUUGGAGUUAUCUUUUACUAGGAACAGUAUGGGUUUCUAAUACUGUUGCACAGUACAAAAAUACAGAAAGUGUAUACAAAAUGAUGAAAGAUAUGUUAGUAAGGAAAAAGGGAAUAAUAGGAUACUUUGUACUACAGCGUGCAAAACUUCAACACGUAAUACGUUCAUAUUCGCAGGUUUCUAAUUUAACUGAAACUCAUAAAGAAAUAAUAUUAAAAUUAUUUACACUGGCUACUAGCAGAUAUGCUGAUGUUCGAGGACAAGCUCAGUGCAUUCUCUCUAGAGCUUUUCACUAUCUACCAUUUUCAUGCAGAUUUAUUGUCCCAAAAUUACUUGAUGUUUUAAAAGAGGAUCCAGAAAUAGAUCAUGAUGCAUAUGAAGGAGCUCUUCAUGUUUUACUUAAAUGUCAAGAAACAAUUACAAAACAUGAUUGGAAUAUAUUGAAAGAUUUAUGGACUGCUAUGGUACUUUCUAAACCAUCUGAAAAAUUAUCUAUAAUCCGUUUGAAGGAAAAUAUUAUGAGAUUCAUAAGUAAACAGUUUUCUACAAUUGCUAUUACAUUUGAAAUACCGAAUAAAUGUUCGGAAAUUGCAACUGUUUUAUGGGAAACUAAUCCACAACCUACUUUACAUCAACCUACGGAAAACGAAGUUACAGAAAGUUUAAAACUUGUUCGAGCGUUUAAUGAAUGUAAUUUAGCAUCAUAUAAUGACUUGAUAAAUAAUUUGUUAAAUGCUCUUUUGGAAAGAAAUUUACAUUGGCGACAUCGUUUAAUGGCAAUAGACUUUAUUCGACAUUUAGCUCAUCCAGAACAAAUAUAUUCGCCAAAAGUAGUUCGUUAUUUUCUAGAAACAUUAAUACAUGAUUCAAUAAGUGAAAGAAAUAUUGCUCUUCGCGUAGUUACAUGCAUGUUGCAACAACAAAAACGAAAACAUCUAAAGAUAACUAUUGAUCCACCAACAUCAUCAAAUAAAAAUAAAUCAGAAGAACAUCAGCCAUUGAAAUUCAUACUAGGAUACAGACCAGACAAUACAUGGCUUCAAUAUAACUACGAAACUCGUCCUUUGACUGCAGAACAAUGGGAUGAACCCAGAUUUAUUCAUCAACCAUAUAUAGGAUAUUAUACAUGGCCAAAAAAGAUUGAAAUAUAUGUACCAUCAUCUCAACAGCCAUGCCUAGAUCCAAAUGUACGAAAACUAACAGACCAUGAGAAAGAAAUCGAUCUUUUCUUUAAUGAUUUACAAAAUAUCAAGAAACUUAUAAAGUUUUAUAGUCUUGAAAUAAAAAAGGACGACAAAUUUAGUUAUAAAUAUCGUUUUUUCAAAGGUCUUUUUCGUAAUCAUGGAAUAGUAUUCCUAAAAAAUUUUUUGCCGCAUUUACACGAGUUAGUACAGGAUAAACAAGAAAGUAGCCAAAAAUGUGCGGCUGAAAUUAUUGCGGGAAUUAUUAAGGGUUCAAAGCAUUGGCCAUUUAAUAUGAUUUGUGAAAUGUGGGAUUCUUUGUUGCCAGUCAUAAAACUUGCCUUAAAUAAUUUGACACCAGAAACUCUGGAGGAUUGGGUUCAUUGUUUUUCUAUAGCUCAAGAACAUAGAGAUCCAAAUAGGCAACAUUGGUUACUGGAAUGUCUAAUGGAAGAAGUUUAUGUUGGUGAAUCAGGACCGUCUUUUAUUGAAUCUGGCCGUCUAUUUAUUUUGCAAACAACUCUUACUAAACAAUCAUGGCGCGUUUUAGAAUUAUUACAACGUUUGUUGAAACGGAUAGAAGAUAGAUUAUUAGCAGAUCCAUUUGAAAAUGUGAGAGACUGUUUGAGUUCUACUUUAGUAACAGUAUUUACAGGCUUAAAAACUUCACAUAUUUCAAACAAUCAAUCAGUACCACAAAUUCAAGAAUUCAUAAAUAAAAUUAUGCCGAAAUUACCUCUUAUAAAUAAAGAAAAGGAAAGAGCAAUUCGAUUACUUAAAACAAUUUGUAAAUGGAUUGUAAAUAUGUCUUGUACAUGGUAUGGUUUGCCACCAGAAUUAUACCAAAUAUUUCCAAUUAUAUAUCAAAUGGAAACUUACGAAACGGAUGAAGAAUUGCAAAAAUCGUGUACAGUUGCUUUAACAGUAUAUGCACAAACGUUUACUUUACCAUGUAAUAUGUCAAUAGUCUUGGAAGCAGUAAAAAAAAUGUCAAAAAAUGUUUCUUGGUGGACAAGAUCUGCUUGUUUGGAAUUUCUCCAGGCUUGGGUAUUUUACAAUAUGUAUACAUUUUUAAGUAAUCCAAUGUGGGUUACUUGUGUUAAAGAUAUAGUUUUACAUUUAUUGGAAGAUGAACGAGUUGAAGUAAGAAAAACUGCUGGUAAUGUUCUUAGUGGAUUAGUGCAUUGUAUGUUUAUACCCGAACAAGAAUGUUUAUUGGAUGAAUUCAAAAAAAGGGCAAGAAAUAAAAUACAUAAAAACUUAAAAUUUGAUACUUUACGUAUUCGUCACGCAGCUAUAAUAGGAAUGUGUGCAUUUAUCCAGGCUCAUCCAUAUGAUGUACCAAAAUAUGUACCUCCAAUCUUUGAACAUCUUCGUGCUCAUAUGAAUGAUCCACAACCCAUACCAAUGACAAUUAAAAAAACUUUAGAUGAUUUUAAGAGAACUCAUAAUGGAUGGGGAGAUGUAGAGGAAUAUGUACAACAUUUUACAGAAGAACAGUUAAUUGUAUUGCAAGAUUUAAUAAUGCCUCCAUCUUAUUAUGCCUAA